CGAAUGUAUUACGUACAACUAGAACCAUCAUUCUCUUUCUCCUACGGACGUGGCCUUUUCACCUUCUUUCGCCGUUUUCUAGCUGGAGACAGGAGACAGCGUUUGGUGUAGCUUGCCACAAUCCACAAUCAAUCCGCUUGUUUCCAGGUCGAUGGCACUCUUCGCUGUACUUCCAGCAGCUUUUCUAGCUCUCGUAUUUGCUUCGCCAGUGCUCUCUGCUCCCAGUUCUUCCAACGAUCCUUUCAGAGCUCUUUCUGCGCAUGCUACUAGACAACCCGAGCCUCCUGUGUGCUGCUUGACACCCUUACCUCCUAUUGAGCCGGUGGAAGAUGAAGUUUUGUUAUCUUUUGAGGAAUGGAAAGAGAAGCAAGCUGCACUGCAGGCGUCCGCUAAAGUCAAUGGAAAAGGAGAACCACCUAAUCACACCAAUGCAGUUGCGGGAAAUUCUGCGCACGUCAAUGCAGGUCGUGAAAUACGCUCAUCUGCUGCCGAAAAUGCUGUUCCAGUAACACCUUCCGAAAUGCUGGACGCCUUAGACUCUGACAAUGCGUCAGAGAAACUUUCUCCACACUUCCAGGUUCCCCUCACGGAUAGAUUUAAUUAUGCUGGCACGGAUUGUUCCGCGCGCGUUCAUCUGGCACAUCGUUCGGCCAAAUCGCCUGCAUCCAUACUGUCUUCCAAGCGUGAUAGAUACAUGCUCAGUCCGUGUAACUCUCCAAAGGAAAAACAAUUUGUGGUCGUGGAGUUGUGUGAAGACAUUCGCAUUGAUACUGUGCAGCUAGCCAAUUUUGAAUUCUUCAGUGGGGUGUUCAAAGAUUUUACGGUCAGCGUUUCUAAGACGUACAAGGAGGAUUGGAUUGUUGCAGGGACCUAUAGAGCCAAGAAUAUUCGCGGUGUUCAGUCUUUUCACCCGCCGCCGUCCUUGACCGGAUUCUAUCGCUUCAUUCGCAUUGAUUUUCAUACCCAUUAUAGCAACGAGUACUACUGUCCAAUAUCCCUUCUUCGCGUGUAUGGUCUAACUCACCUUGAAGAGUGGAAAUGGGAGAUUUGGGAGGCAGAAAGUAGAGCCAAGCGCGAGGGACUCCUGGAGCCUUCUGCUCCUCGGCAAGUCAUUGCAGAUGAAUCUUUGUCGAUGAAGUUGCCUUCGUCUAUAGCGUCGGAAGCGAGUGUCAAGCCCCCCGUAGACAACGGUGCAGCAUCGGUUCCUCCAUCCAACAAUAGUUCUUCCACUACCACGGACGAUGAGGGAGCCUUAUCGUUCGCCGCUCAAAAAUAUUCCACCUCUCACCGUACGCUGCCCGCUUUUGCUUGGGAACAGUUUGCCACAGCCAAUACAAAGGAAACUGAGGUGCCCCAGGACAGUCACGAAUUACAUACCAUCACAAAUGAUCAUAUUGCCAUUUCCACGUCCACAACUUUAUUUUCACCUUCUCCUCUCAUCACUCUUCCCAUCGAACUCUCAAAUACCACCGUCAUCUCAUCUACUCAAAUGGCAUCUCCAGUUGCCUCUUCUUCCUCCAUAGUUUCUGUCAUGCACCAAGUCCACAAUCCUCCACCUGCAAUGGGGGGCGAAUCUAUCUAUCGUAAUAUAAUGAAUCGGCUCACUGCACUGGAAGCCAACCAUACGCUAUACGUCCGUUAUGUCGAAGAACAGACAAACGGUGUGCGAGAGAUGAUUCGCCGACUAGGUGAAGACAUUGGUCGCUUAGACGGAAUUGGAAAAGCGCAAGCUCAGAAAUUCCAACGCAGCUUAACAGAUUGGGAAAAUCAACGGAAGACGCUAGAGGAUGAAUAUAUGGAACUCGUUGCUCGAAUUGAGUAUCUUUCAGACGAGAUCGUGCUUGAGAAACGUCUUGGAAUCGCCCAACUCUGCUUACUUCUCGCUGUGAUUGUCUUCAUUGGCCUGACCAGAGGUUCGAGAGGGGAGUCUCCUCCAGAACAUGGGCCCCUACGGUUCAAUCGCUCUAUGCGUGAUUGGGGUCGACGCCAUCUGAGCUUUAGUGGUCAAUGGGCCAGCCGAUUUAUAUCGAGCUCUAGUCCUAGUCGAAGUCCACCCAGAACUGCCAAGUCACCCAAGGGAAAUUUUGUUCCGCAGCAAAUAAACCUUGAUGAUGGGCGAGCCCCUUUUCCGACUCUCAGUGCACGGCCGAGAGGGGUCAAAAGCGCUUCAUAUGCAAAGCCCCACGUACCCGACCGCAAAGUUCAAAAUGUCUACAUCCACGCUCGGUCCAGAUCUCGUACUCCCUCUCUCCCUCUCCGUACCGCACUUCCUCAUAAUCCGCGCAUCGUCUCCCGCCCCACUACGCCUACUACUUCUAUCACAACUGCCCUCCGUCCUCAGCUGCAGCGAGCAAAUUCUCUCACCUCCAGUAACACUGGUUUACCUACGAGUGCCUCUUUCUCAGCAGUAGGACCUGUUCCCAAGAGCGCAAAGCGCUGGGCGAGAACUGCACAUUUACACGAAGUGAAAAGCCCUGCACCCCUCAUUGCUACCGCAAAUAACAAGGUUGCGAAAGACGAUAGUAAAAAUCUGGAGAAGAAAUCUUCAGAAGUAGUGUCGAACGCUCGUUCAAUGACCACGUUGUUGACUACCCAAGAUAAAGCUAAAAGCUUAGAUGAUUCAGACCUCUUUCUAGAAGCCCCUGGCCGUUCAACCAGGAGAUCCAAUCGGUACUCCUUCGCAACUUCGGAUAUCGACAAGCCAAUGAUUCCUGCAGGGAAACGUUGGACGUCAUCUUCUGAUAGCUCUUGUGACGGGGACGGCGGGGAUCUAUGGAUCGACACUGACGCGACUGACACGAGCGUGGAUGGAGAUUCAGGUGGUUUCAGUGGGUUUAGUUUUGAAGAAGGUAUGUGAAAGGUCGUUCGGUCCUGCGCUCGAUGCAUCAUUGUAUAACAUCAUCAUUCCGGAUUUUUACAUAAACGUUAUCUCACUAGUAAAUAAGACCUUACAUUUUCUACUGUUACUCCUCAUCAAGCAUUGCAUAAAACUUCAAAAAUUAGAAACCUGUAUAUUAUUAUUAUGAAUUGCAUGAU